AUGAACCAAUCCGCAAAUCAGAAUAUUGUUGCACACCCACAAAAUUAUAGUGGUCAGCUACAAAGACUUCAAAAUAUUGGUGGCCCACAAAAUAUUAAUGGUCAACUUCGAAGGAACCUAAAUAUUAGUAUGCAUCCUCUGAGACAUCAGAACGCUGCAAGUCUAUUCACUGGCACUCUUAUUGCCAUUCAACGCUACACUGACCUAAUUAACGGCGCGGAUCCAUUCACCACAAUACAAGGUAUAGAAAAUCCAUCACCACAGAGCACCCAAUUUUUAACUCUGUUUUCGGGGGUUUCUUUUCCAUAA